AUGAGUAAACGUCCGUCCACAGCAGCCCUUCCGCCAGCUAAAAGGCUGGCACCCAUCUUCGCAAUGGGCAAGGCAAGCACCUCGGCGCCACCACCCACAACGGGCACGUUUGACCACACCGCGCCUCCCACCAUGAUCCACUACCACCACCUCGACCCGCUUGCGUCGACCUCUGAGCCCUCCAAGGACCCUGUCACGAUUAUUAUGUACGACCUCGACGGCACACUCAUUCGUCCCAAGGACGGCCGUCGCUUCCCAAAGGACGCAGAGGACUGGCAGUGGUGGCACGGCGGGGUGCCCAGUCACCUCAAGAAGAUGGCCAAGGCUGGCAACCACAUUGUCGUGUUCAGCAACCAGCUCAUGGAGACUGAAAAGAAGAAAAGGACGUGGAAGGGCAAACUGCCUCUCAUCGCUGCCAGAAUCGACGACGUGCCCAUCCGCGUCUUGGCGGCCACUCAGCGCGAUGCUUUCCGCAAGCCACACACGGGCAUGUUUGACUACCUGGUCCAGCUUUACGAAGAGAAAGGGUGGAAGAUUGACCGCGAGAAAUCGCUCUACGUAGGCGACGCCGCUGGCCGCAAGGGAGACCACAGCAACACCGACUUUACAAUGGCCCUCAACGCUGGCCUGAAUUUUGAGACUCCCGAGGAGCACUUUCUUGGCAUGGGACCCAAAUACCCCAACCCGCCCGCAGCCUUUCGCCCAACCGCCAUGAAGGACUAUGGUAACCUACCACCAAUUGUUCCCUCAAACACCCCAAUCGCGCGCGAGCAGGCCGAGAUUGUCCUGUUCAUUGGACCACCUGCCGCAGGCAAAACCUCCUUCUACCGUCGCCACUUUGACACCUACGAGCACAUCAACCAGGACACUCUGAGGACGCGUGAUGCGUGUAUCCGUGCUGCACGCCGUGCGGCUGACGAGGGUCGUGCUAUUGUCGUCGACAACCAGAACCGGGACAAGGGGACUCGUGCGCUUUGGGUAAACCUGGCCAAGGAGCUUAAGCUGCCCAUCCGCGCAUUCCAUUUCAAGGUGCCCGUCGACCUGGCCGAGCACAACAGUCUCUACCGUGGCAUGUACGCACCCAUCGGCGAGCCCAGUCGUGAGGUCCUCCCCAAACAGGCGUUCAUCAGCUUUUCCAACGCGUACGACGCGCCACUUAAGAAUGAGGGCUUUGAGGAGGUGCGCACGGUAAACUUUGUGUGGGAGGGAACGGCCGAGCAGUUCAAGCUCUGGGACAGGUACCUCCUGUCCAAGUAG